AUGCGUCGUGCAGCCAGUAUUAUUCGAUAUUCGAGCACCUUCAGCCGAUUUGUCAUCAUCCCCGCAAGAUCGCAUUAUUCAGCCCUCCAACUCUAUAUAAGGCGCCUCCAUCCCUUGACAACAUCUUCAACAGCAUCAGCAUCUCAUCUUUAUCUCAUCUUCAAGAUGUCCUCUCUCAGUGGUCCCGUCAGCACGCAAAUCAGCUUCAUCAACCCCCCAGCCGAUGGCUCCACCCCAUUCGCCUAUGUAGAGACGCCUCCCGCCGGUGAACCACAGGAGAACUACACAUCAACCACGCACGAGGUGCACCUCAAGGACAUUCGCGGCCAUGAGAAUGAAUACAACCUCGACCAAGAUGCCUUUCAAGUUCUUCAAAAGAUCCCAUCAAAAAUGUCCUACACAGACUUUGACUCCGACGAAACCGUCAAAUCAAAGUACUACUCCGAGGUGCAAGAGUUGAUCCUCAACAACGUCCCAGGCGCACAUAAGGUCGUCAUCUUCGACCACACUGUCCGCAAGCACGACCCCAAUGCCCACCGACAACCCGUCAACUUCGCGCACGUCGAUCAAACCCCUUGGGCUGCAGAACAGCGCGUGCGCGCCUCCAUCCCGGACCCCGCCGAAGCCGAGAAACUCCUCAAGGGCCGGUAUAGAAUCAUCAACGUCUGGCGUCCCUUGAACGGCAAGGUUGAGUCCAUGCCCCUCGGCUUCGCGACAGCCGCAACUGUCGCGCCGGAAGAUCUCAUCCCCAUCCAGCGGCGAUACCCGCACUACACGGGCGAGACGAUGGGCGUGAAAUAUAACCCGAAACAGCAGUGGCUGUACUGGUCGGGGAUUGACGAUGAUGAGCGCAUUCUGAUCAAGUGCUCUGAUACGCAGGAGGGGGUUGCGCAUCACGUGCCGCAUUCGGCCUUUGUGGAUCCGAGGUCGCCGUCCGAUGCGAAGCCACGAGAGAGUAUCGAGGUGCGGACGUUGGUUUUUGGGUGA